GCGCGUAUCGCGGCGCUGCCGGCGCGGACUGUACCAACGGACGCUACGGGAGUCCGUAGCCGGCGUAGGCUCAGUUGGCAGCAGCACGCACACCGAGUAGCAUCUCACCAUGGCCGAUAUCUCGAAGGAAGAGCUACGCAAGGAGAUCACCGCUAUCCUCAAGGAUGCUGACCUCACUACAAUGUCUGCUAAGAAAGUGAGGCAACAAAUCGAAGAAAAACUCGAUAUUGACCUUAUAGAAAGGAAAAAGGAGGUGGAUGAUUUGGUUAUGGAAUGUCUUCAAGAAAAACAGGAUGGAGGAAAGAAAAAGAAAAAGGCUGCUAGCGAAGAAUCUGAAGAUGGUGAGGAGGAAGAAGAGGGAUCUGAAGAGGAGGAGGAGGAAGAAGAAGAAAAGAAACCAGCCAAGCGAAAUCCAGCUAAGAAAACUCCUAACAAGCGCAAGAAGGGAUCCUCUGAUGACGAAGAAAGCGCUAGUGAUGAUGAUGCUAGCGAUGAAGAAUAUAGUCCAAAGAAACCUAAAGUUACACCUAAAAAAAAUAAGCCUGGAAAGAAAGGAAAAAAGAAAGGCAGUGAUAGUGAUAGUGACGAAGACUGGGGUAAAAACAAAAAAGCUCCGGGAAGCACAGCAAAGAAGGGUGGUGGUGGCGGCGGCAAAGGCAAGGGAGGUGGUUACACACGCGCUAUCACACUGUCUCCAGAACUCGCCGCGGUUGUUGGCGCAGAUCAAAUGGCUCGACAUGAAGUUGUAAAGAAAGUAUGGAGUAUCAUUAAAGAAAGGAAUCUUUAUGAUCCUAAGAAUAAACAGUUUGCGAUUUGUGAUGAGGAAUUAUUGAAGGUAAUUGGCGUAAGACGUUUCAGAACUUUUGGUAUGAUGAAAUACCUCAAAAAUCACUUUGUAGAUUAAAUCAUUCUUCAAUCCCGAUCUCCGACAAGUUAUAUACAUAUAUAAAUAUAUAUAACAUAUUCCAGGGUGUAUUUCAUACACCUCUCAUCUUUCUCACAUGAUACACACAUAUACAUGAAACACAAAGGUAUUUCUUGCGACUUAAGACUUUAGACCAUGUUUACACCAUUCCGACGUAUUCUGCUGCCCAUUGUAUCAUUUUGUCCCAUUGAUAACUACAAUCAUAUAUUGAUCGUGCAUAUAAUAUAGGUAUGACUCCCAAUGCGUUGGGAAUAAUGAGUUUCACACAUUUGAAUAAUCUUUAACACGUAACUAUAACUUUUUUUAACGGCUUCACUUGACACGGGACAAUGUUACCAUGGACGUUCAGAUAAUUUCGAAAUGAAUGGGGACAUUACAAUGGCCAAUAGUCAAUAAGCUGGUUUUAAGUCAUCUAAUUCAAAAUAAAUGUUAUAUAAUUUGUAUGGUCGUCAUUAAUAACAAUAUCAUAAUCCUAAUGCAGUAACAUGGUAAGUCAUUAUAAUGGCGCAUUAUUGAAUUGUAAACGGAAAAUGGACUUUUAAUUUGAAAGUGAUUUUUUUUAAUAGAUUUGAGAAGUUUAAUUUUAAUCCGUGACAUUUCAGCUAACACGUAUAUUAUUGGUGAUAUAGUUGCUUUCAAUAUAUAUAUUUCAAGUAUUAGAGAAAUAUCUUUUCUAUUUUAUUAUUGAUGAUCUUUUAGUACAAAAAUUUUUUAAGUCAACGCCAGACUAUGCACCAUAUCCGAUUUAUAAUUUGCUGUUCGCCAUUCGCAUGAAAUUAAUGAGUAAUUUGUAUAGGCAAGUUCGUGUAAGUUGCAUAUGCAUUUGUUAUGCCGAUUUAUUAGUAAAAUGAUAAAUCUGCAUGAAUAACAAAUUUUUCACAAAAUUAAAUGUGAAUCAGUACAAAUUGAUUAAUUCGUAUUGGUUUAUAUUAUAAAGAGACUAGUAUGUUUCUUGUGCCAACAAUACUACACUAUUGCAAAUAAUAUCAGUGAUUUAUACUGGCGAAUGAUAAAUUUCUGUAAAUCCAUUAUGAAUGUACAUAGUCUGGCGUUUAUUUUAUGAUAUUUUUGUCAUUUCUUUAUCCCUUUUUUUGUACUGAAGAUAUUCUUCUAAAAAAUAGAUGUAAUAGGAUGACAGGUUUUAUCUCCAGAAUGAAGAAAAUUGUACGGACAUAAAAGAAAACAAAAAAGCUAUGCGGAAAAUUAACAUCCUAUACCUCUUCUGUAUAAUAGCUACAUUAUACACAUGCAAAUGUAAGCAAAGUUUAAUUGUAUUAUCGUGUAAUUACUAAUUAUUGUCGUAAUAUAGGUUUCUUGGUGUAAAAAUUGAAUCUAACGUUUAAGAUCUAAUGGUAAAACAAUAUAUUCAUUGAAAAAUAUCUUAUAAGCAUAUUAAAUGAUUAAAGUCACAGUGCAGCGACCACUGUUAAAGUGUAGGAAAUAAAAUAAUAGGCUCACGAAGCGAGGUGCGGCAUCUUAACUGGAUACAUCUGUCCGAGCUUCGACAUAUGUAAAAUUCGUGUAUUUUGAAUAUAAAUUAAAGAAAUGCUGGCCUAAGUCAUGAGGAAAGCCACACGAAUGCGAUCAUUGCGAUUUACGGUAGCGAAAGCAUUACAUGAAAAAAAUGCUAUGCGUACGGAAUUAAGAUAUAAACUUGUUUCUCUAAAAAGGAAAAAACUAACUGUAAUGUUCCGUGAAAUGUAUUUGGAAGUGUCAUUAAAAGGUAUUGCUUUCAUUUUUUUUUU